GCAAGGAGUGGGAUUGGGUGGUGAAGGGAAGGAGGGCAUUCCGGACCUGGGCAUCCCCGUGAGCAGAAGCUUCCAGAAAUGACAUGCUGGGUGGUGUUGGGGAGCAGGGAGGAGGCAGGCCUGCCUUGUGCAGAGGACUUGUGGUUGGGACGAGGCAGGGGCAGGGUGCAGGCGGGAGAGGUGCUCAGAGACAAGUCAGCACCCGGCCAGCUGCUGGGGGACUUGAGGGCCUCCGCCUGGACCUACCUGCCUUUCAGGUGGUCGGGUGCAGGAAGGGGCAGGCUUCCUGCUGAAGAUAAAUGGAUUGCACUCCAAAGGCUGACCAGCCAACCCGAGGGACUCCGGGGCCUGCUGGGAGGUGCCUGGGCCCUGGCUUUCUGCAGGAGGAGAGGGGGGUGUGGACUUGUUUGGGUGCAGGUCCGGGCCUCUCUGGCCGGAGAAGCUGGUGUGGUUGCUCCCUAGUGGCCUGCAUUCAGUCCCAGCUUUUACACUUAGACGGGUGUUUCAUGGCAGGAAGAAUUGUAAACCAGGAGUUCCCCACCGUGAGCUGACUGGCCCCAGUGUCCCUGCACGGGUGACUCGGUCUGAUUUUGCCAGUACUCGCAGGCGGGCUGAGUCCAUCUUGCUUGAUGAUGGAACGAGUAAAUGGCAGUCUGAAAUCGAGUCCCACCCAGAGGAGGAACUGAAAUGUGUGGAAUUUAGAGACUGAGCGUGCUCCUUGCUGAUCUGUUUCCGAAAGUGCUGGCUUAGUCAGAGUGUAAUUUGCAGGAAAGGGAAGUUUAGUUUUUCAACCAGAUCUUCAGGGUAUGAAGCAUACUGAAGAAGGAAAAGAGCAUUCUGAAUCAAUUGGAGCUGUUCAGCAAACCUCUUGGGUAAAGGCAGCAGUAAUGCUGACGCUGGCGAGCAAACUGAAGCGGGAUGAUGGUCUCAAAGGGUCCCGGACGUCAGCCACAGCCUCUGACUCCACUCGGAGGGUGUCUGUGAGAGACAGACUGCUUGUUAAAGAGGUUGCAGAACUUGAAGCUAACUUACCUUGUACAUGUAAAGUGCAUUUUCCUGAUCCAAACAAGCUUCAUUGCUUUCAGCUAACUGUAAGCCCAGAAUUUUUUGUUUUGUUUUGUGUUUUUUUGAUAGAUGAGGGUUACUACCAGGGUGGAAAAUUUCAGUUUGAAACGGAAGUUCCUGAUGCAUACAACAUGGUGCCACCCAAAGUGAGAUGCUUGACCAGGAUCUGGCACCCCAACAUCACAGAGACGGGCGAGAUAUGUCUGAGUUUACUGAGGGAACAUUCAAUCGAUGGCACUGGCUGGGCUCCCACGAGGACAUUAAAGGAUGUUGUUUGGGGAUUAAACUCUUUGUUUACUGAUCUUCUGAACUUCGAUGACCCACUGAAUAUCGAGGCUGCAGAGCAUCACCUGAGGGACAAGGAGGACUUCCGGAACAAAGUGGAAGACUACAUUAAGCGGUACGCCAGAUGAUAGGAGGGGCGCCUGCAGCGUGGACUGUGCCAGAGGGUCAUCUUCAGCUCUCGAGGGGGCCUCCAUCCCAGUCCUCGCGCUCCCGCAGACCCACUGGCUCUGCUGGGUCCUGUGACAUGUCCUGCGGAGGAACCUCUUCAUGACUGCCCAUUGUAGACAGAGAGUUCCGCAUAAAUACAGCAAGAAAAUGAGUUUGGGCUCUAAAGAGUUGUCUGCUUACCUUAACAUGUUUACUUUGUGAACCUGUACUGUAUAGGCUGAGGAAAUGCUUGAGAAGUUGUAAUGAACUCAGAAUCGGAGCUUGCUUCUUACCUUCCCCCAAAUCACUUCCCUGCACAGCAAUGCCAAUGACCUGCCAAGAACUGGCAGGUGGGCGGUCCCAAGCCCACUGCAAACUGUGAUUGGAUGCGCAGUCUCUUAUCUCCUCCCACGAAUGUCAGCCCUGCCUCAGUGUCUGAGGCUUCCCAGAAUGCAGUCAUUCACUGUAGAUCUCUUACUGAAAUGCGUAUUUUAUUUAAUGUAAGUAUAUUUUGGAACAGAUUUGUAAUUUGUACAAUUUAAUGCUUUAAUUAUUUUUUUCUAUUCUCCUUUAGUUUGUAUUUUCAUUGUAUAGAGCAGACAGAUGUUGGGUCAAGCAAUUAUUGAAGAGAAAUACAAAGAAAAUAUGAAAGACAUUAUUCAUUCUGUCCAAAUGCAACGAGAAUUUGGGUCUUGAAAACCAGCUCUUGCUUUCAGGUCUGGGUGGGACAAAGAAGUUUAGAACACUGUGAGGCUGGAGCUCGAUGAUUUGGAAACAAAAAACAAAAAAGGCAGGGAACCCUUUGUCGCAUUUGACCCAGAGGAACUGGCUGGAGUGGGGCUGGGUGUUUCUGAGGGUCAUGUGCUUAGGACCUAGUGUGCAAGGACUAUAGCUGCUUAUCAGAGACCCAGACCCUUGCUCCUGAGAGACAGGAGAAACCUCGGGAAGCAGCCAAACAAUGUCUAAUGCCACUGAGACUACACCUGUGGCCUCUGAGUCUGCAGUAGUUCCAGGCCCGAGUGGAGGUGGUCUCCCGGGCAGUGGAGGGCAAGAAUCGGAACAACAUACAGCCAUGCUCGGUCAGGUCUGCACACUUCAGAGGCAGCACACCCAGGAGACCCUUGGCCCCGUGAUGUCAUAUGCAAAUAAAUAUCUGUAUGGUUUUGUCCACUGCC